AUCCGAAGGCGUCCUUCAUCACCUGCGUGCCGCAGCCGUCCGCUCGGCCGGCUGGUCCGCCCCGGCCCCGGAGAGCACCGCCAUAAAGAGCGCGGAGCCGCCCGCCGGCCAGUAGUGGCAGACCAGUCGUCGCCAUGGCCGGGACUCUGCCGACGCGUCUGGUGGCGCGCGCUGCGCUGCUCGCUAUCCUCGCCAGCGCCGGCCGGGCGGUGACUCCGGGCGCAGCCGUGGAGGGGUCUGGUACUGGGCCGGCGGCCCCGGGCGUGGUCAUGGAGGGAUCCGGAACGGGGCCGGCGACACUGCUGGCAGCCGACGCCGGGCCGACAGCCGCACAGACGUCAGAGCGGGCCGCCUGCCCGGCGGUGCGUUUCGCCUCCCUGCUGCAGUGCGCUGCGCGGGACCGGUGUCGAUCGGACUCGCACUGCCCCGCCGGUCUACUGUGCUGUCCGGGCGCGUGCGGCCGCCGCUGCCGGUGCCCGCGGGCAGUCUGCUCGCCGGGCUGCGGCGCCGGAGAGCGGUGUAUCUGGCGGCGCCGGUGCACCGGCCGCCGCCUCUGCCGGCCGCGCGCAGUGUGCGUGCCGGAGCCGGCCACACCCGUCUGCCUGCCGCCGUGCGGUGCCGGGCUCGGCUGCCGCCGUCGGCCGUGGCCUCUGAGUGGAGGUGUCUGCGCACCGCUCGACCUCCGCGAGAUUCUGGAGGACGCCGUUCAGCACGACGAGCGCGACGACUGCUACGAAAACGACGACGAUGAGGAUGAUCUGUUCGACGAUGAUCUGUUCGAGGCGUCCGUUCGUUAUCGGCCACAGCGACCCCAGCAGGCCGCAGCGCCGACCGUCUCCAACAACAGGGUCUUCGCAGUGUUCGGGCGGAAACCUGUCGCGAGCUGGCCCGGUGUAAUAUUCCGAUACGACGACGACGACGAUGACGAUGAUGAUUAUGAUGACGACGAUGACCAUGAUGGAUUGGAUUAUGACGAUCUGUUCGAUUUUGAUAAAUAGGUUGGGUUUCAGCCACUAGGAAACCAACGUACAGCACGAGCCCAUCUCAGGGAAAGGUGCCCAGAAUCGGCGACAUUACGCAGCAAAAGAAGCACCCACGCGAGCGCGCCUGUCACCAGAAUGUCACUGCAUUGUGUUACUCAGGGUUGCACUCAGGAAGACAUGCUCAGAGGCUAUCUCGGGGCUUCACUCAGGUACAGACAUACGCAGAGGCUGUCUUGAGGUCGACCACGGGCGUGUUUCCACGGUGACACGUUACAGGUCACUAUCAGCUCUCGGUUUGUUUCUACAUUCCAGUAUUUAUUAUAUGUUGAAUAUGCGCUGACUUGUUGUAAUGUGUCCGUAUGUCACAGCAUCCGUCAUAAAUAAACCGUCUACUGAC